UUUUCCCAUGUUCUCAACUGCUUCAGACGUUAAUACUUUCAAAUUUCCAUACUUCUUUUGUUUUAUGCAGCGUUUAUAUCAAACCUCAUAACAUAUUACUGAAUCAACCGACGUCUCCAUUAAACUUGUUUUCUUGGUUAAUAAAAGAGUAUCCAUAAUAUUAAUUUCAUAAGCAGAAAAAAUGCAAGCAUUAACAGUAACACCAAGCAGCUAUUCAACAAUGCAGCAUUUGAAGAACUUCAAAAACACCAGAAAAUGUUUCAAAGUAACAUCAAAUCAUGAAUUCCCAUCUUUUCUACCCAAACAAAUCCACAAAAUCAAAGACCCUUUUGCUAGAAAUUUGGCUAUCAGAAUCGAACAAUUACCUGUGCAGGUCUCGUUUUCAGACGCUUGUAUCAUGAGUAGCUGCAUUAGGCCCUCUGUACAGGGAAAGACAUCCCCAGUUGUUCUCCUUCAUGGUUUUGAUAGUUCCUGUUUAGAAUGGAGAUGUGUCUACCCAUUACUUGAAGAAGCUGGCACAGAGAGUUGGGCCGUUGACAUUCUUGGUUGGGGUUUUUCCAAUUUAGAACAGCUUCCAUCUUGUGAUGUGGCAUCUAAGCGUGAUCAUCUAUAUCAGUUUUGGAGAUUGUACAUCAAGAGACCGAUGAUACUUGUAGGACCAAGUCUAGGGGCUGCUGUCGCAGUUGACUUUGCAGUGAACCAUCCUGAGGCUGUCAGUAGAUUGGUUCUUAUAGAUGCAAGUGUGUAUUCAGAAGGUAUAGGUGGACUGGCACAGCUGCCUGUUAUUAUUGCUAAUGCUGGUCUUGCGUUAUUGAAAAGCAUACCACUACGCCUAUUUGUGAAUAAGUUGGUGUUUAAGAAUAUAACAGUGAGGACCAGUUUGGAUUGGAUGAAUAUAGGUCGAUUACAUUGUCUAUUUCCAUGGUGGAGGGAUGCAACUCUUAGUUUCAUGGCAAGUGGAGGUUACAAAGUUACUUCUAUGAUAAAACAGGUCAAACAACGGGCACUUAUCAUUUGGGGCGAGGAUGAUCAGAUCAUUUCCUAUAAGCUUGCACAUAGGCUGCAUAGUGAGUUGCAAGAUGCCAUUCUGCGCCCAAUACCAGAUUGUGGACAUGUCCCUCAUGUAGAAAAACCUUCCAUUGUUGCAAACUUGAUCCUCAAAUUUGUUCAAGAUGACUGCUACUGAAUUUUAAGGUGUUAGUAUGUACCAAACCCAAAUGUCAAAUACUUUAUGUAGCCAAACUGUAGUUGAUUCAUUAAAUAUACUAAAGGUAAAUUAGGGCUGAUAUGAAAGCUGUAAUUUUAUUGUAAUUGAUGGGUAUUGCAACAUCAGCCGGUUAGGUCCUGUUCUUUUGGAAUUAUUUUCAGUUCAACGCAGUUUUUCUCUGCAACUCAGUUCAGUUUAGAUUCUCUUAAUCCAAAAGAACGAGACCUAAUUGCAUGCAGGCCUGCAGCCAUAAGGUCAAUUUUAUUCGUUUUUAUUUUUUGAUGGCCAAUUUUAUUCGUUUUUAUUUUUGAUGGCCAAUUUUAUGUGUUCGCUCUUUUGGGAUGUGAGCUUAUGCAUUUGAAGUAUUAAAAGUCAAGAAGAUAUUGACUUUGACCAUUA